AUGGCACGUCGUGGAAAAUGCUCUGUUUGCGGUUCAAAGCAAUGGCACAAGUCGCCGUCGAGUGGUCUCAUCAUGUGUAGCGAAGGACACGUCCUUCAGAACUACAGGAAUGAGACCACGGAGGUGACCGAGCUCGGCCCACACCAUAUGAGGAAGAGAACCCUCAAGUCUGGAAGGGAGAAGAAAGAGCGGCAAAGCAAGGCUGACCCCAAGGUGUAUCAUGGAGAACGCGCGCGGUUCCACUUUUAUCAGUGUCUACAGCUGAUCUUGCGGAUGCAAGCAGCUGCACUCACGCGGCUUUGGCAGCUUCCACCGGAGUUUGAGAGAAUAUGCAGAGAUAUAUGGGCCUUGCAUCUGUCAUUACUCCCUAACCCUCCUGUAGCAGAGCCCUUGCUUUAUCUACAAGACGGGCUAGGCCCAAGCUCUUCUAAGCCUUCUGCGAAGUUGGAACGAGAGCAACGCGGAAAAGACAGCGACGGACACGAAAGCGAGCAUAGCAAGAAGAGCGAAAUGACCGCUGAUUCGUCAUCGUCGGAUUCUAGCUCGGACUUCGACUACGACUCUGGACUGGACGAGCUCAUGAGGGAGAACUCGGCCACUCCGUCUUCGUCGGAGCAGGAAGACGAAGGGAACCCCAAGAAACGUAAAGGGCCCGUACCCAUCACCAGCAAACGACCAACGUUCAGCAGACAUGACACUCCUGCGAGCACGAUCUCAGUGCUAGUAGUCGCAUGUUGGACUCUGAGGCUCCCAGUGAUGUAUAUCGACUUCAUAAGGAUCAUAGAAAGCUAUGAUUUGCCUUACUUGGAUGCGUUGCGACUCGUCCCUGAAGCUAUGCUACGACACCUUCGCAAACAAACAGCUCAGGCCCUCUCUCCCUUCUAUCCCCCAUCAACGUUGUACCUUCACAACCUCUCGUCUCGUCUCUCCAAACUCAUGUAUUCGACAUACGACGUCUACACGCCAGAGAUGAACGCUGCUCCCAUCCUCUGGAAGGCUGUACGUAGCUUGCAAGGCACACCUACCCUCUACGUGUUGACUAAGAGACUGGCACGGCUAGUGUCAAUACCGCUCACGUUGCACAGGACUCUUGCGCCUGCUUUGAAAUGCACCAAGAAGAGGGACCCCGGCUUUCACAAGCACGAUAAUGCUGUCCCAGAAGUCUCAUUAAUUGCCACAGUCAUCGUCGUGAUGAAGAUGGUUUAUGGAAUGGACGGCCAGUUGAGGCGUCCGCGGGAAAACGAGGACCCCGCGUGUGCACUUCCUACCCUCAAAGAUGUGCUACGCGCUAUCAAGAACGCCGAAGCAGCCGACUUGAAACAUGCUCCUGCAUUCUCUAUGGAGACCCAGCGGUCUGUUCUUGAUAUGGACGACAAGAUGCUGGAUGAGUACCUGGCGUUUUGCGAGAAAGCAUUAUUGCCAAGAGAAGACAACAUGCCGCGUAAGUGCCUUGUUAUCCCAUCUUCCGAACAACAACGGAUCAAGGUACGCUCUAGCACGAAACGCAACGACGGAUCAAUUCCCUCAAAUCCGACCGCCAACGCGAUCGACGAAGGCGACAACCAUCUCCGGCCCGGGGAACAAUAUGCUAUAUACAGCACGCAGGAUCUCCUGGGCUCGUUCCCCGCAGACAUGGAGCUCGUCUUCUCACGUGCGGCGAAAUGGGCCGGCGUGGAUGACAAUUAUGUCUCCGGCGUCGUCGAGCGGUUCGAAAGGAGAGUACUGAGGUGGUGGGACAGGCAACAGAGAAAAGAGCGGGCGGAGCGAGCUACAGCAUCCGCAUCAGACUAA